CAAAACAAAAAUAUUUACAACUCCUUGCAUCAAUUGUCAACUUCAUUUCUCUCUCUCUCUCUCUCUCUUUCUCCCCAACCAGCCACUAGGACCAGCUCACCUUCCGUGUGAACUGCCAUUAAAGUUUCUUUCGCAAAUCCUCUGUUAUGAAGCUUCUUCCAUAAUCGAUUACCCAUUUUCUUCCUCCUCUUAUUAAAUCCAGAAGGAUUCAUAUUCUUAUCUCCUUCAGUGGACAAGCACCCGCCUUUUUUAUGCUCCGAAUUUCAAGGAUAGCACCCUCCAGCUUCCAAUUAGAUCCCAACCGCGUUUUGCGCUCCUGUUUUUCCAUUUUCAGUCUAAAUGUCAGUCGCAUGUGGAGUAGAAUGCGUGGUCGUUUUAGGCUGCAUGCGAUGGGCCUGGAAGCGCUGCACCUAUGUGGGCUCCGACGAUAGUGCUUCCUGGACUUCGGCCACUAAGGACGAAUUCGAACCAGUUCCUCGAAUCUGCAGCAUAAUCCUCUCUGUCUACGAGACCGACACCGAACAUCCCCAGUUCUCAUCGCCUCUCGAUGCCAAGUGUCUAAUCAAGAGAGUUACCUACGAGCAGACCCUCGGUCGUGCGCCUCCUUAUAUCAUCUAUGUCGAUCAUGAACACAGAGAAAUCGUGCUUGCAAUUCGUGGGUUAAAUUUGAUCAAGGAAAGCGACUACAAAUUGCUGUUGGACAAUCGACUGGGGAUGCAAAAGUUUGAUGGGGGUUAUGUGCAUCAUGGGUUAUUGAAGUCUGCAGUAUGGUUGUUGAAUGAAGAGCGAGAGACAUUGAAGGAUCUCUGGGAGAAAAAUGGGAAGGAAUACACUAUGGUGUUUGCUGGACAUUCUCUGGGGUCUGGUGUGGCUGCCUUGUUGACGAUUAUUGCUGUGAAUCAUGGAGAUCAAUUAGGAGGAAUUCCCAGGAACAAAAUCAGGUGUUAUGCUGUGGCUCCAGCUCGAUGUAUGUCACUUAACUUGGCGGUUAAGUACGCAGAUGUGAUUCACUCCAUUGUGCUGCAGGAUGAUUUCUUACCAAGAACAGCUACUCCACUGGAAGAUAUUUUUAAAUCAGUAUUCUGCUUGCCUUGCUUGCUAUUUUUGGUUUGCUUGAGGGAUACCUUCAUACCAGAAGGAAGAAAACUUAGAGAUCCAAGAAGACUGUAUGCACCUGGACGAAUGUAUCAUAUUGUAGAGAGAAAGUUUUGCAGAUGUGGGAGGUUUCCUCCAGAGGUCAGAACUGCCAUUCCUGUAGAUGGAAGAUUCGAACACAUCGUCUUAUCAUGUAAUGCCACAUCUGAUCAUGCAAUUAUUUGGAUUAAAAGGGAGUCAGAGAAGGCCUUGCAGACAAUGAUGGAAAGCAGUUCUGAAACUGUGACCACUCCUCCGAAAGUACAGAAAGUGGAGAGGUUACAGACACUUGAAAAAGAACACCAAUAUGCAAUAGAAAGAGCUGUUAGUUUGAAUAUACCACAUGCUGAGAGCAUCACAGAGACAGAACCUAUAGAGGCAGAGUCUUCCCAUGGGGAGCAUGAAGGCGUACAUGCUUCAGAAACUAAAUCAAAGCCCAGCUUUGCAAGGACAAAGUGGGAUGAACUGCUUAAUAAAGUGUUAGAGAAGAAUGGGUUGGAUGAGCUGGCUGCAAAGAAAGAUGCAAAUGCCCCCAAAUAACAACCAUUGCUUAUCGUCGGUACACAUGCAUUGAAAGAUAUGUAGUGUGUUAUUUGUUCAGUUUUGUACCCACGUUUCUGAAUGUCGCUGUUUGUAUAUCUUCUUGUAUAAGAUAACUUGCAAAAAUUAUAGGAAAUUAUAGAGAUACAAAAAAUGCAACGUCACUAAUUUCCUUUUUAUUGUGAUUACUAAACAACAGUGCGCUCAAUAUAACAGAAUUAAAUGACGAUCGGUAAGGAACGGGUACUUCAACAAAGACGCUCUGGGUCAGGGGAGGCAUUUCAUCAGUCCUGGAAUGUGGGACAGCUCUAUGGACAAUUAGGGUUGAGUUGUAAUGCUUUUGAUUAUUUUUGUUUGUUUUUAUAGGCUUCGAAUUUAAAUACAGAGGUAUGCUUGGGAACC